AUAGCCCUCCCCAAUGGCCAUCUAAAAGAUCAAAGACCGAUCGAAACCUGUAAAACCGAUCGCCAUUAACAGCUCCUCUUCCUCCAUGUUGCAGCUGCCCAUGGAGGCCCUGCUCCCCAACCCAUUGCACCCCACCAAAACCCUAACCCUAAGUCCUAAUCCUUUGCACUCUUGUAAAACCCUAGACCACCUACGCCAAGCCCAUGCCCAACUCCUCAAAUCCCCCUCUCUCUCCUUCAACCUCAACCUUGCCACCAAACUAAUCUCUUCCUACACUGCCCUUGGAGACCCUCCCUCCGCCCUCCAAGCCUCCCUCCACCACCCCAAAACCCUAGAAAAGGACGCAUUUUACUACAAUGCUCUCAUCCAGGCCCAUCUCUCUCUAGGUCAAUUUGCCGAAGCCUUGGCGGCUUUCUCUCUCAUGCUCAGUGACAGCCACCUCCCCAACCCCUUCUCCCUUCCCCCUCUCCUCAAAGCCUGCUCGUCGAGCCCGAAAUUCCUUCCCUUUGGGCCACCGCUCCAUGCGCUUUAUUUCAAGUGCGGCAUCCACCCGAACUCCUUCGUGUGCGUCGCCAUCAUCGACUUGUAUGCGAAGCACGGCCUUGUCCGAGAGGCACAGAAGGCUUUUGAUGCCGCACCAAAAUGCGAUCACGUGGUUUGGAAUGCAAUGCUUAGUGGAUUGACGCAGACGGGUAGACCCCUCGAGGCCCUAUCGCUAUUUUGUAGAAUGAUCGCCGAUGGCGUGCGGGUAGAUAGUGUGGCGGUUGCGUGCACGAUUGCAGCCUGUGCUCAGCUCUGUAAUGGGAGCGCCGGAGCGCAGACCCACGCCCGAGCCUUGCGUAGUGGGUGUCUCUCUCCUGCUGCUUUAACCUCCCUAAUUGAAUUGUACGCUGCUUGUUCUGACCCUCACUCUGCUCGCCAUGCAUUUGAUGAAAUCGAAGUUAAGGAUCACGCCGCGUUUAAUAGUGUGGUUUCAUGUUAUGCUCAGAAUGGGUUAUCUCUCGAGGCGUUGCGCUUGUUUCAGGAGAUACGUUCGCCUAACAAGCUAAGCCUCGUUGCGGUUUUGCCGGCUAUUGCUCGAGUGGGCUUGAGACUACUGGUGAAAUCGGCGCACGCAUACAUUGUUCGACGUGGAUUUGAGCUGGAUGAGUAUGUGAUCACUGCUCUUAUGGAUACGUAUGUGAAAUGUGGGGAACUGGAGACUUCACGUCAUUUGUUCGAUGUAAUGCCUCAAAGGAGUGUGGUUGCUUGGAGCUCGAUAAUUGCUGGAUACGGUGCUCAUGGGCUCGGCGAAGAGGCCUUGGAGCUUUUUUCGGAAAUGCAAGCACAUGGGGUGAAUCCGAAUUAUGUUACGUUUAUUGGGGUCUUAUCAGCUUGUAGCCAUGCACGAUUGGUAAAUGAAGGUCGAAGGCUUUUCGAGAGCAUGGGUCCGGACUAUGGAGUUGCUCCUAGAGCCCAACAUUAUGCUUGCUUGGUGGACCUCCUGGGUCGGGCAGGGCUCUUAUCGGAGGCCUUGCAUGUGGUCCAAGAAAUGCCCAUCGAACCAUCUCAUGGUGUAUGGGGAGCCCUGUUGGGUGCUUGUAGGAUUCACAAAGAUGUGGAAUUGGCUCAAUUUGUGACUAAGAGGCUAUUUGACGCUGGGUGCGAUGAUCCAGGAUUUUAUGUGCUUCUCUCGAACAUUUAUGCAUCUGUGGGCUUGUGGGGCGAGGUAGAGAAAGUUCGAGAAUUGAUGAGAGCAAGGGGGCUUAGAAAGCCACCUGGUUGGAGCUCUAUAGAGUUGGAUGAUAAGGUCCAUAUCUUCCUCUCCGGAGAUGUAACCCACCUGGAAUCCGAUGAGAUAUAUAAGAAACUGGAGCAAUUGUUUGAUCAGUUGAGAAAAUUGGGCUAUGUUCCUGAUGUGAAUGCUGUUUUACAAGAUAUCGACGACGACGAAAAGGAGAGAGUGUUAAGGGCUCACAGUGAGAAGCUGGCCAUCGCUUAUGGGUUGAUAAGGACCAAGCCUGGGACGCCAAUUAGGAUCAUGAAGAACUUGCGAACAUGCGAAGAUUGCCACGUUGCCGCAAAGUUGGUGUCGAAGCUCACCGAGAGGGCGAUUGUUUUGAGGGAUGCAGUGAGGUUCCACCAUAUGAGAGAUGGUGUUUGUUCUUGUGGGGAUUAUUGGUGAAGAAAAAGUGAAAAACCUCCUCUUUCACUCACUCCUGCCUUUCCUAAAGAACACAUAAUGCAGCUCGUAGCGUUCGUAUAUGUGCUUAAGAUGCCAUUAUAGCAGUCAUUCAGACACCUUGAAGCUCUUUAUGGUUCUCACAUGGGUACCAGGGGCUCACAGAAGUCCACGAGUGAUGGUAAGGUUCUCAUUAGAAGACCUUAAUACACUCCUCAGUGCCAUGAAUCAUGGUUAGGGACUGUUUUGAAUCAUAUGAAGAUUUGCAAUUUAUUAAAUUUCUUCAUUCUUCUAUAACAACUGAAACUGUAACUAUUUGUGAUUAUCAAAGGAAUACAUGUACAGGUGGAACAGGUUCAUUUUCAGAGAACCUUAUCGCCUGCUUAGACACACUUAAAUAUCAUGUGUUA